GAGAUUCUAUGAAAUACUGAGCAUAGGGUCUGAAUACUUAUGGCUGUGUGAUAUUUCAUCUUUUCUGUUUUAAUAAAUCUGCAAAAAUGUCAAGCUUUUAAUCUGUUAAUAUGGGGUGCUAUGCGUAUAUCAAUGAGGUGGGGCAAGAAUUGAAAUGAAUUUUAGCAAAUGGCUGCAAUACAGUAUAACAAAGAAUGAACAAUAAGGGAGUCUAGAUACUUUCCGUGCGCGUUGUAUAUUCUUGGGGCAAGAGAACCUGACAUUGAAACUCGGGUCAGGGAGCUGAUUCGCUUUAGGCUUAGACACCAGCGUGGGGCCAGCAGUACUAGCUACUCGGAUAUAGUGAUGUCCGCUCCGAUGAUACAAGGAAGAGGCAACUAGAGAUUAUAAAGUGGAACAUAGCCAGGACUUGUAAUCUUGCCAGGAGGGAGUGUCGGCAACAAGUAAUUCUCUCGUAAAUCUCUGGCCCCUGUGAGAGGCAGUGAUGAGAGGUUUAGUAGAUCAUUCUCGCUCCACUGGUACCUGGCCAGCUUCUGGAGGGCAUAGGGACUGCAGUUUGUACAAAAGUGCCCUUUGUUCUGGAGGACUGGGGGCUUCGCCAGUGCAGACGCCCUUCAUCCUAAUGCGGACAUUCGCAGAACGAUAAGUGGAGGCGCGUGUCAGCUGGAGCUGCACGAAAUCAAAAUGCAGUCGUUAUUUAUUCACAACGGCAAGGAGACACCUGAGCCUGUGAAAGCGGAAGUGAAAGGUUGUGUGCCCACAUGGCUGCAUGGCACGCUGGUGAGGAAUGGCCCUGCAUUAUUUUCUGUGGGUGACUCGGAGUACAACCACUGGUUUGAUGGGAUGUCGCUCAUUCACAGCUUCACUUUCAAAGACGGUGAGGUGGUUUACAGAAGCAAGUUCCUGAAGAGUCACACUUAUAAGAAAAACAUUAAGGCUGACCGGAUUGUUGUCUCCGAGUUCGGCACCAUGGUCUAUCCCGACCCCUGCAAAAACAUUUUCUCCAGGGCAUUCACACAUCUCAGCAACAUCAUUCCUGACUUUACCGACAAUAACAUGAUUAACAUCAUUCGCUACGGUCAGGACUACUACGCCACCUCUGAAAUCAACUACAUGAACCAAAUCGAUCCUGUCACUUUGGACACCAUAGGAAGGAUCAACUACAGGAACCAUAUUGCAAUUAAUCUGGCGACAGCUCACCCUCACUAUGACGACGAAGGCAACACGUACAACAUGGGAACUGCCAUCAUAGGUCUUGGUCCACCAAAGUAUGUCAUCUUUAAAGUCCCAGCUGAUGUGUCAGGUAAUCCCGAGCAGAGGAAACCUGCCCUCCGGCAUGUGCAACAGAUCUGCUCACUUCCUUUUCGCUCCAUGCUGUUCCCAAGCUACUUCCACAGCUUUGGCAUGACCGAGAAUUUCAUCGUAUUCGUGGAGCAGCCGUUCAAGGUGGACAUUGUCAAACUGGCGACCGCCUAUUUCCGUGGCAUUAACUGGGGAAGCUGCCUCAAGUUUGACAAGGACAGCCCUACCUUCUUUCACCUUUUCAACCGGAUGACGGGGAAGAGAGUUUCCACUUGUUUUUACGGUGACCCCCUGGUGGUCUUUCAUCACAUUAACGCCUACGAGACUGAGGCCCAUGUGGUGUUCGACCUAAUUGCCUAUAAGGACAGCAAUCUCUACGAUAUGUUCUACAUGAAGAAUCUGAGGAUGAAUACCAGCAGCUUCAUUGAGGCCAACUCCAACUCCUCGCGACCAACUAGCCAGCGGUUCGUCCUACCGCUGCAUGUCAACAAGGACUCACCAAAAGGAGCCAACCUGGUGACUCUCGCAGACACGACGGCCGCAGCAAUCAUGAAGGACGACGGUGAAGUUUUUUGCCAGCCGGAGAUUCUCUUCCAAGGUCUGGAGUUACCCAACAUCAACUACAAGUUCAACAGCAAGAAGUACAGAUACUUCUAUGGCUCGAAAGUGGACUGGUCGCCGCAACCAAACAAGAUAAUCAAAUUUGACACAGUCACCAAGACCCAUUUGGAAUGGCAUCAGGACAACUGCUACCCAUCAGAGCCUGUGUUCGUGGCCUCACCCGGAGCUGUGGAUGAAGACGACGGCGUGAUCUUAUCCUCCGUCAUCUCACCAGACCCGAACACCUCGCCAUUCAUGCUGGUGCUCAACGCCAAGACUUUAGAGGAGGUGGCACGGGCCGCUAUUCCUGCCACUGUUCACUUGGACCUUCAUGGACUUUUUAUCCACAAUGCCAAGUGACAGCCAAAAGUACUCAAAUUCUGUACUUAACCAUCACACACCAUCAGUGACCAUACAGGAAGACAAAAUACACCGGACGUGUUUUUUACCAAAUUUUUGACAAGCAUAAACUGGAGGUUUUUAGGCUGACAAAAGACGUUACAUUCACCAAAACUCAUCAGAGAAACAACCUCACAGAGCCAGUCCACUUAUCCAUAAAUCCAGCUAUCCCUUUUCUUAGCCACUUAUCCUUACAAGGGUCGCGGGAGUUCUGGAGCCUAUCCCAGCUGUCAACGGGCAGGAGGUGGCGUACACCCUGAACUGGUUGCCAGCCAAUUGCACAGGAUAUGGAGACAGACAACAACAGCCGCACUCACAAUCACACCUUAGGGCAAUUUAGAGUGUCCAAUUAAUGUUGCAUGACUUUGGGAUGUGGGAGGAAACCGGAGUGCCCGGGGAAAAUCCACGUAGGCACGAGAACAUGCGAACUCCACACAGGAAGGGCUGGAAUUGAACCCGGGUCCUCAGAACUGUGAGGCCAACGCUUUCCAGCUGAUCC